AUGGAAUCUGAAGCCUCACAUCGACACAAAAAGCGGAGCAAACACACUAGUAAUGCUCCAGUUUCUUCUUCAUCAGUUCAAGAUUCAAACUUUAAAUCCACUAUUCUGCCAGAAGAGCUCGUCACUGAAAUCCUCUUGAGGCUUCCAGUAAAAUCCCUCUUGAAAUUCAGGUGUGUAUCAAAAUUCUGGCUUAAUUUAGUCACUAGCCCUGAAUUUGUCAAGACUCAUCUCAGCAUAACUGCUAAUAACAAGGACUUCACUCAUCAUAGGCUUAUGUUUAGAUUGAUGGGUCCUAAGUACAGUCUUAAGGAUUGUUCCUUGAGUACUUUUCUAUAUGACUCUAUUACUAGGACAUUUGACUUGGAUUAUCCUAUGAAAAACUCCUGUAGAUUCGUUGCGAUAGUGGGUUCUGUCAAUGGGUUGAUUUGUCUUCGCAUUGAAGAAAAAGAUUUGGUUAUCUGGAAUCCGUCAAUUAGGAAGUUCAAAAAACUGCCCGAUUCUUUAGGUACAAUAAGUACGACUCAUUUCCAUUACAUGUAUGGUUUUGAUUAUGAUGAGCUUGCUGAUGAUUAUAAAGUAGUGAGAGGUUUACGAAAUUUUAGUUCUAACAAUUCAUGUUAUAUUGAGGUCCAAAUGUAUAGUCUAAAUAGUGAUUCUUGGAGAAUCAUAGAUCAUAUUAUGAGUGAGGACCUUGCCCUGCAUACGGGUUUGUUUGUGAACGGGAAACUUCACUGGGUUAGUAAAACUUCUCGAGAUCUUCAUUCAUAUAAUGAUUGGGACAUUAUUUCUAUUGAUCUAGCUGAUGGAAAAUGGGGAAAGGUGGAUAAACCCUGCUAUGGAGAAGGAGAUCCUAACUUUACUCCAUACAUGGUAGUGUUGGGAAGUGAUUUUUCUGUGUAUUGUAAACAUCCUGAAACCUUUGCAAAUCUGUGGGUUAUGAAGACGUAUGGCGUUAGGGAAUCUUGGACAAAGAUAUCUAACAUCAACGUAAGGUAUCCAGAUUGUGCACCCUUUUGUAUGUCAAAUAACGGUGAUGUUUUGCUUGAUUUUGGAAGACAUAUCCUAGUUUACAAUCCAAAGGAUAACUCAAUCACAUAUCCAGAGGUACCCAUCUAUGAUGUCUUAUAUGAUACAAAAAUCUACAUUGAAAACCUAGUUUGGCCGAUUUCUGCAGAAGGUACCAAGGAUGCAACAACAACCAAGACUGAUCAGAUGAAGACGACGACGACAACAACAACAACCCAGUGAAAUCCCACAUCGUGGGGUUUGG